GAGCUGAAACAGAAAGUAAAGUUGUUCUUUUGUUCAGGAUCCAUUUUGAGACGACAGAGCAGAAAACACUAUAUGAAGAUUAUUGAAAAAUAAAGGGUCAGUGCUCUAAAAUGAGUCUCUCUGGGGAGAGAGAGGAGGGGGGCCCUGCCUCUAAAAUGCAUCUCUCUGGGGGACAUGACACCAAAGCUAAGAGACCAAUCCAGCAGGAGAGACCAGACUCCCCUGUUCCCAGCUGUGUGUCCAUGAAGAGUGACUGGUCUAUGGAUCGUCCUAUAUACUUUAGAGAGGGAGACUUUUCUACUGAACAAAGACCAAUCCAGCAGGAGAGACCAGCCUCCCCUGUACCCAGCUGUGUGUCCAUGAAGAGUGACAAGUCUAUGGAACCUCCUCUAACCUUUAGAGAGGGAGACUUUUCUACUGAACAAAGAAACCAACAGGAGAGAUCGGAGUCAGAGUAUCUCAGUGGUCAGUCUUCCCAGAGUCAUCAAACAGACCUGGACUCCAUAUUCAGUAUGCUUGAAGAGAAAAUUCUGACAUUUGUGAAGAACGAGCUGAAGAUGUUCAAGAGGAUUCUUAGUCCAGAACUCCCAGAAGGCUUUGAGAGUCAGAAGCAGGAUAAGGAAGUGGUGGAUGCUGAAGAUGAGCAGCAGGAGAGCAGUGCCAGAGAGGGGGCUCUGAAGAUCACACUGCACAUCCUGAGGAAAAUGAACCAGAAGGAGCUUGCUGACACACUGGAGAAAUAUGAGCUUGCUGUGAUUUGCCAACGUGAACUCAAAUCUAAUCUAAAGAAGAAGUUUCAAUGUGUAUUUGAGGGCAUCGCUAAACAAGGAAACCCAACACUUCUCAAUAAGAUCUACACAGAGCUCUACAUCACAGAGGGUGGAACAGGAGAGGUCAAUAAUGAACAUGAGCUGAGACAGAUUGAGACAACAACCAGGAAACAAGCAACACCAGAGACUCCAAUCAAAUGUAACAACAUCUUCAAACCCUUAACUGGACAAGACAAACUUAUCAGAACUGUGCUGACAAAGGGAGUCGCUGGCAUUGGAAAAACAGUCUCUGUGCAGAAGUUCAUUCUGGACUGGGCUGAAGGAAAAGCUAAUCAGGAUGUCCAAUUUGUAUUUUCAUUCCCUUUUCGGGAGCUGAAUUUGAUGAAAGAGGACAAACACACUUUGACUGAACUUCUCAAUCACUUCUCAAUGGAAACCAAAGAAUCAAGAAUCUCCAACUAUAACAAUUACAAAGUUCUGUUCAUCUUUGAUGGUCUGGAUGAGUGCCGACUGCCCCUAGACUUCCAGAAGAACAAGAUCUGUUGGGACGUCACAGAGUCAACCUCAGUGGAUGUUCUGCUGACAAAUCUCAUCAAGGGAAAUCUGCUUCCCUCUGCUCUCAUCUGGAUAACUACCCGACCAGCAGCAGCCAAUAAGAUCCCAUCAUGGUGUGUUGACCAGGUAACAGAGGUACGAGGGUUCAAUGACCCACAGAAGGAGGAGUACUUCAGGAAGAGAUUCAGUGAUGAGGACCUGGCCAGCAGAAUCAUCUCACACAUAAAGACAUCAAGGAGCCUCCACAUCAUGUGCCACAUUCCAGUCUUCUGUUGGAUUUCUGCAACAGUCCUUGAACACAUGCUGAAACAUAAGAGAGAAGAGAUGCCCAAGACUCUGACUGAGAUGUACACACACCUUGUGGUGUUUCAUACCACACAGAAGAAUGAAAAGUAUCUUGGGAAAGAAGAGACAGGUCCACACUGGAAUAAAGAGAGCCUUCUGUCACUGGGAAAACUGGCUUUUCAACAGCUUGUGAAGGGCAAUCUGAUUUUCUAUGAAGAAGACCUGAAAGAGUCAGGCAUUGAUGUCAAUGAAGCCUCAGUGUACUCAGGAUUGUGCACACAGCUCUUUAAAGAGGAAUGUGGGCUGUACCAGGACAAGGUGUACUGCUUUGUUCAUCUGAGCAUUCAGGAGUUUCUGGCUGCUGUAUAUGUGUUCCUCUCAUUCAUCAACAACAAUGAGAAUCUAAUUGACAACCUGCAAACAAAAGACAAUACUGAAGUUACUGUCUACAAGAGUGCUGUGGAUAAAGCAUUCCAAAGUGAGACAGGAAACCUGGACCUUUUCCUCCGCUUCCUCCUGGGCCUCUCACUGGAGUCCAAUCAGAAGCACUUACGAGGUCUACUGACAAAGACAAGAAGCAGCUCACAGAGCCAUGAAGAGACAGUCAAGUACAUCAAGGAGAAGAUCAGGGAGGAUCUCUCUCCAGAGAGGAGCAUCAAUCUGUUCCACUGUCUGAAUGAACUGAAUGACCAAUCCCUAGUGGAGGAGAUCCAAAGCUACCUGAGCUCAGGAAGUCUCUCUAGAGCCAACCUAUCACCUGCACAGUGGUCAGCUCUGGUCUUUGUGUUGCUGACUUCAGAAAAGGAGCUGGAUGUGUUUGACCUGAAGAAAUACUCCAGAUCAGAGGAAGGUCUUCUGAGGCUGCUGCCAGUGGUCAAAGCCUCCAGAGCUGCUCUGCUGUCAGGCUGUGGAGUCACAGAGGAAGGCUGUGCUUCUCUGGUCUCAGCUCUGAGGUCAAACCCCUCACACCUGAGAGAGCUGGACCUGAGCUACAAUCACCCAGGAGACUCAGGAGUCAGACUGCUCUCUGCUGGACUGGAGGAUCCACACUGCAGACUGGAGAAACUCAAGUAUGUAGAGGGUUUGUGUCAAUUCACAGAGGAAGGCUGUGCUUCUCUGGUCUCAGCUCUGAAGUCAAACCCUUCACACCUGAGAGAGCUGGAUCUGAGUAACAAUGACCUGAAGGAUUCAGGAGUGAUGCUGCUCUCUGCUGGAUUGGGGAAUCCCCACUGUAAACUGGAGACUCUGAGGCUGUCAGGCUGUCUAGUCACAGAGGAAGGCUGUGCUUCUCUGGUCUCAGCUCUGAGGUCAAACCCCUCACACCUGAGAGAGCUGGACCUGAGCUACAAUCACCCAGGAGACUCAGGAGUCAGACUGCUCUCUGCUGGACUGGAGGAUCCACACUGCAGACUGGAGAAACUCAAUGUGGAACAUGGUGGAGAGAACAGAAUGAAACCUGGACUUAGAAAAUAUGUCUGUGAUCUCACACUGGACCUAAACACAGUAGACAGACUCCUCUCUCUGUCUGAGGAGAACAGAAAGGUGACAUGGAGGACAGAGGAGCAGCCGUAUCCUGAUCACCCAGAGAGAUUUGAGGGCUGUAAACAGGUGCUGUGUAGAGAGGGUCUGACUGGGCGCUGUUACUGGGAGGUAGAGUGGAGUGGGGGGGCUGGUAUAGGAGUGACAUAUAAAGGAAUCAACAGGAGAGGAUGGGGUGAUGACUGUUGUCUUGGAUACAAUGACAAGUCCUGGAGUCUGUUCUGCUCUGACAACAGUUACACUGCCUGGCACAAUAGUAAUCCCACUACCAUAGACGUCCCCUCCUCCAGCUCCCACAGAGUAGGAGUGUAUCUGGACUGGCCAGCCGGCACUCUGUCCUUCCACAGAGCCUCCUCUGUCACACUGACCCACCUGUACACAUUCACCUCCACAUUCACUGAGCCCCUCUAUCCAGGGUGUUGUGUUGAUUACAACUCCUCAGUGUCCCUGUAAAUAAUAACCUGACACACACACACACUAGACAAAAACACACACACUGGACAAAGACACACACACUGGACACACACACACACAGGACAAAUACUGGAUUCACACACAGACAUACACACACACACACUGGCUGGACACACACACUGGACACACUCCCUCUGUCAGUGAUACACACAUACACACUGGACACACAAUGGAUUCACACACACACUGGACAAACAAACACACACACACUGGACAAACAAACACACACACACUGGACAAACAAACACACACACAGUGGACACACACACACACAGGACAAAUACACACACACACACACAGAACAAACACACACACUCUGGAUACACACACACUGGACAAACAAACACUGGACAAAUACACACACACAGGGCAAAUACACACACACACACACACACACACACUGGACAAACACACACUGGACAAAUACACACACACACAGUGGACACACACACACACACACACUGGACGAACACACACUGGACAAAUACACACACACACAGUGGACACACACACACACACACACUGGACAAAUAUACACACACACAGGACACACACACACACUGGACAAAUACACACACGCACACACACACACAGUGGACACACACACACACACACACACACACACACACACUGGACAAAUACACACACACACAGGACACACACACACACGACACACACUGGACACACACACACACUGGACACACACACACACACACUGGACACACACACACACUGGACACACACACACACUGGACAAAAACACACACACACACACACACACACUAGACAAACACACACACUGGACACUGGACACACACACUGGACACACACACACACACUGGAUUCACACACAGACAUACACACACACACAUACACUGGCUGGACACACACACACUGGAUUCACACACACACACACUGGAUUCACACACACACACACACACUGGACAAACAAACACACACUGGACAAACACACACACACACUGGACAAACACACACACACACACUGGACAAACACACACACACACACUGGACAAACAAACACACGCACACUGGACAAACAAACACACACACACACACACACACACACAGUGGACACACACACACACAGGACAAAUACACACACACACACACAGAACAAACACACACACUCUGGAUACACACACACACUGGACAAAAAAAACACUGGACAAAAACACACACACACACACAGUGGACACACACACAGGCCAAAUACACACACACACACACACACACUGGACAAACACACAAUAGACAAAUACACAGGACAAAUACACACACACACUGGACAAACACACACUGGACAAAUACACACACACACACACAGUGGACACACACACACACA